AUUUAAUAAAAGAGAAUUGUUUUAAGAAAACAAAUUUCAGAAGCAAUAUUUCAAUCAUAUACACCACUUCUGAAGGGGGGUGGUGAAAAUAUAAAAUAUAUCUAAACUUUUAUAAGUGAAAAUCUUUUUAAGCUUAAAAGAACAAAAUUUUAAAGAUAUUCUUAUAAUAUGUCAAGAUCAGGGCUUAUGAGAGAAUAUAAACUAGUAGUAGUUGGAGGCGGUGGAGUUGGAAAAUCAGCGCUUACUAUUCAAUUAAUUCAAAGUCAUUUUCUUGAUGAAUAUGACCCAACAAUAGAAGAUUCAUACAGAAAACAAUGCAUGAUUGAUGAUGAAAUGGCACUUCUAGAUAUUCUUGAUACAGCAGGACAAGAGGAAUAUUCUGCUAUGAGAGAACAGUAUAUGAGAAUAGGGGAGGGUUUUCUUUUGGUCUAUAGUAUUAAUAAUAGAGGUUCUUUUGAAGAAAUCAUAACAUUUCAGCAACAAAUUUUAAGAGUUAAAGAUAAAGAUCAUUUUCCUAUGAUUAUUGUAGCAAAUAAAUGUGAUUUGGAAGAUGAGAGAUACGUAAGUCAUUAUGAAGGUCGAGAAUUAGCAAAAUCAUUUGGUUGCCGUUUUAUUGAAACAUCAGCAAAACAACGCAUAAAUGUAGAAGAAGCAUUUUUUUCAUUGGUACGAGAAAUUAGAAGAUAUAAUAAAGAACAUUCAGGUAGAAAAGCUUCUUCAAACUUAGGGCGUCGCUACCAGAUAGGUACUGAUAGAACACAUAAAAGUUUAGUUUGUUGUAAUUGUGUAGUAAUGUAA